GAUUCCAACUCAUAGCUUUGUGAGAUGUGAGUUGAAUUCUUACUAAGUAGAUUCUAUGGCUUUAUCCUUACUAUUUGAUUACUUGUUAAUUUGUUACGUAAAGAGAAGAAAAUUUGUCACAUUAGUUGAUCAAAUAUAACUUUGGAGGAAGUUUAGUUCACAUUAUCUAUUAUGUUUAUCAUAUAGAGAUGAUAGGAUAAAUGAUAUUUUACACUAGUAUUUAUUGUUUAAGUGUCCAUAUAUAUAUCACAGACCCCAUAGUCUGACAUAAAAAAAUUGUUUUAUUUCCUUGUCAUUUUCAAAGGAAAUAAAACAAAAUUUUUUUCUACAACAAGUAAAAAUGAACGAAUGAAUAUUGUUUAAAUACUUAUGUAGAUAAUCCAAAUUCUUAAAUAACAAGAAUAACAAAUUGCUUAGCUUGCCUCAAAGAUUAUUAUAUUUUUUAAGGAAAAAAAAACUCAAGACUAAUGAGACUUAUUAUAUGUGAUGCUUUUGAAAGUUUAUUUCUAAAAAUUGGAUACAUAUCUAGUAAUUUUAAUACAAUCAAAAUAAUUUUUCAAACGAUUAAACUGUUUGUUUUAAAUAUUUUUCCUUUUCAAACUUUAAUGUUUACUUUCUUUGGCAAUAGCCAUUGUGUACUGUGGUUGAUAUUUGUUAGCUUAUCCAAAAGUCAAGACACGCUUUACAGAUUCCCAUUUAGUGGAUAUCAGCCAACUUCCUACUUGCAUUAUUCUUCAUGAUAGAUGCUUUCCAUUUAGUUGAUAUUUGUCUUCAUCAACUAAGACUCAAAUGGCAGAAACAAAAUAUCUCUUAAAACAAUAAUCACAACAUAGACUCAAAUGGCAGAAAUUGCAGUGUCUUUAGUUAUUGAUCAACUACUUCCACUGUUAAGGGAAGAAGCCAAUCUGCUAAGAGGUGUUCACAAGGAAUUUUCAGAUAUUAAAGAUGAACUUGAAAGCAUUCAAGCCUUUCUUAAAGAUGCUGAUAAAAGAGCUGCAGCAGCUGAAGGAGUCAAAACAUGGGUGAAGCAGGUUAGGGAAGCAGCUUUUCGCAUAGAAGAUAUCAUCGAUGAUUAUUUGAUCCAUGUGAGACAACAUCCUCAUGAUCCUGGAUGUGUAUCUUUACUCCACAAGAUUAAAACUGUGAUCCCUCGUCGUCGAAUAGCAUCUGAGAUUCAAGACAUUAAGUCGUCUGUUCGUGAGAUCAAGGAAAGAAGUGAAAGAUAUGGCUUCCAACGUUCUUUUGAACAAGGAUCAAGCAAUUCUAGAGGAAGCCAGAAUGCUAAGUGGCACGAUCCUCGAGCGGCUGCUCUUUACGUUGAGGAAGCUGAAGUUGUGGGCUAUGAAACACAGAGAGACAUGUUGAUUGAUUGGUUGGUAAAGGGAAGAGAUGAGCGCACGGUAAUUUCUGUAGUAGGCAUGGGAGGGCAAGGUAAAACCACUCUUACGAAGAAAGUUUUUGACAACAGGAAUGUCAUUGGACACUUUGAUUGUCGUGUAUGGAUCAUAGUGUCUCAAUCAUAUACUGUUGAAGGGUUGUUGAGGGACAUGUUGCUAAAGUUUUACAAACAAAACGAAGAAGAUCCUCCUAAGGAUAUUUUUCAAAUGGAUCGAGGGUCAUUGACUGAUGAAGUGAGAAACUACUUGCGGUUAAAAAGGUAUGUCGUUGUGUUUGAUGAUGUUUGGAGUGUACAUUUUUGGGAUGAUAUUGAAUUUGCUGUAAUUGAUAAUAAAAAUGGAAGUAAGAUAUUUAUCACAACAAGAAACCUAGAUGUUGUGUUGUCUUGUAAAAAAUCUUCUUAUAUUGAAGUGCUUGAGUUGCAACCUUUAAAUGAACAACAAUCUUUGGAGUUGUUCAAUAAGAAGGCAUUCAGAUUUGACCAUGGUGGUUGUUGUCCAAAGGAGCUCAUUGGUAUAGCUUAUGAAAUUGUUAAAAAAUGUAACGGUUUACCGCUAGCAAUUGUUGCCAUUGGAGGACUUUUGUCUGCAAAAGAGAAAAAUGUGUUUGAGUGGCAAAGAUUUAGUGAGAAUCUAAGUUUAGAGCUAAUGAAAGAUACACAUCUAGUUGGGAUAAAAGAAGUUUUAGGCUUAAGUUACGAUGAUUUGCCUUACUCUCUCAAGUCAUGCUUGUUGUAUUUUGGAAUAUAUCCAGAAGAUUAUGAAGUUAAAUCAAAGAGAUUGAUUCGACAAUGGGUAGCUGAAGGGUUCGUGAAGGAGGAAAGAGGGAAGACUUUGGAAGACGUUGCAGAAGGAUAUUUAACAGAGUUGAUCCAUAGAAGCUUGGUGCAAGUAUCUUCGGUUAGAGUUGAUGGUAAAGCUAAAGGUUGUCGUGUUCAUGAUCUAAUACGCGAUAUGAUCCUUGAAAAAUUUGAGGAUUUAAAUUUUUGCAAGCUUAUCAGUGAAGGUGGACAAUCAUACUUAAGUGGAACAUUUCGCCGCCUAUCAAUAACAACCACUUCUGAUGACUUCAUUGACCGUAUUGAAAGUUCACAUGUUCGGUCAAUACUUGUUAUUACAAAUGAAGAUUCAUAUUUAUCCUUUCCAAGGAGAAUUCCAACAAAAUACAGGUGGUUGAGGGUUCUUGAUUAUCAAUUUCCUCGAUUGUUGAAUGUUCCAAAAGAGUUGGGAAGUUUGAUCCACUUGAAGUAUUUAAGUUUGGGUUAUGUAACAACAGGUAAAAUCCCAAAAUCCAUUGGCAUGCUCCAGAACCUAGAGACCUUGGAUCUAAAGGCUACGCACGUUAGUGAGUUGCCAAAGGAGAUUAGCAAGCUUAGAAAGCUAAGACAUCUUAUCGGCACUGGACUGUCUUUGAUUCAGUUAAAGGAUGGUAUUGGAGAGAUGACAUCCCUACAAACGCUACGUUAUGUUAAUUUAGGUAUGGAAGGAGCUGUAGAUGUAAUUAAAAAGUUAGGAAAGCUGAAGCAAAUAAAGGAUUUGGGGUUGCUUAAUGUUUGUAGAGAAGAUUACGACAUUCUAUCUUCCUCAAUCAAUGAAAUGCAACACUUGGAGAAAUUACAUGUUAAAUCAAGGUCAACAGAUAACGAUGAAUUCAUUGAUUUGAAUUUGAUUUCACCGCCAACUAAGCUUCGAAAACUUACACUACGUGGGAAGCUACUGAAGUUGCCAGAGUGGAUUUUAGAGCUUCAAAAUCUUGUUGUGUUGAGGUUGAAGCUCUCAUGUUUGACUAAAGAUUCAAUGCAAUCUCUAAAAAGUUUGCAACACUUAUUGAUCCUCUCUAUAGGCGUUGGUGCUUAUGGAGGUUCACAUAUGUAUUUUCAAGAUGGAUGGUUUCCGAAACUAAAAGAACUGUACAUUGGAUCUUCGGAUGAAUUGACAGAUAUUAUUAUCGACAAAGGAGCACUGUCUUCUAUAAAAAUGCUUCAGUUAUACGGACUCUCUAAUUUGAAGAAUAUCACCGGCAUCCAACAUUUAGAGAAGCUUGAAGUUCUCCUAAUUCGGAGUAUGCAAGUUGAAGUUUUGCAGCACAACUCUCCCAAGGAUUGGAAUUGGAUCAUGGAGCAUGUGCCCCUUGUAGAAAUCUCUAGAGUCGAUGGAAAGAUUAUUCGGAACUCAAGGAAUUAGAAAUUGUGCCUUAUCAUACUCAGGAAAAAGAUGUUGGACUUCAGCUUCUACUGCAGUGGCAGUUCAGAUUCUCCAAAGGGACUUUUAAUGCAACACUUAGGAACUUAUGUUCCUUAAUAAAAAACAUUAAUCAUGGUAUAUAAAUUCUCUAAUCUGUUGCUUUUUAUUUUGAUGCUUCUGUUGUUUGUAAUUGUAAUAUAUCAUAUAUGUGACAUGUUAUAAGAGCUGCCCUUUCAAGAAUUUCGAGACUUUUUUUUUCUGUUGAUUUUUCUUUCUAUAAAUGAAGUUUUAUGUGAUUUGGAAUCUGCUUUUCUAGCAUAUUCAAAUAUUGACAGUUGAAAAAGAUCAAGAAGAAAUAACUAGAGCAUUUUCAAUCUUCAGUGAUUUGAAAAGAUAGCCAAUAGUUUUUGUGUAGCUAGAUUUGGAUGAUGAAUAGUUAACUUUGUGGAUAUCUAUCAAAUGUGGAUUCAUAACAGCAGAAAAUGUCACUGGCUUCA